AUGAAGAUGAUGCGUCUUUUUAUAUCAGCAGUCUGUACGGUGUUGAGCUUUCUAGGCCUCCAAUUUUGGACAGAACUUUCUAAUGUGAAACUAAAUUCAGACGGUUUGAUCAUGGGUGAACAUUAUCUGCACUUUUGUGUUGCCAAAUGUGCAGUGGAAAAUCCAUAUAUCACUACUGCUUUAGUGCUCAACUUUAUCCUCAACGUUUAUACACUCAUCUUUAUAUCUCUUAAGACGAUAUAUUUUGUUGAAUCUUGGAAAUUGGUGAAGCGACUAUUUAAGUAUGUUCUCUUCAAGAUGUUUGAAGCUCUAGCUAGGGAGCGACUCGAACAGUUGAAUACAUCUUCUCCUAAUUAUGCAAGUCUUUGGAAUCACUUGGGCAUAUAUUAUGUUUUAUUGGUGGUUUUCAUUCUCGAUGCAUUUUGGAUAAUGAUGUGUCUAGUUAUCUACCAAACAAUACCAUCAUCUAUGUUUUUGUUAGUAUUAUUCUUUGAGCCUCUUAGUAUUGCUUUCGAAACACUACAGGGCAUUUUGGUUCUUGGAUUUCAAUUGGUUGAUAUAUGGGCUCAUCACUCACGAGGCAACACAGCAAAUUCCAAACUAUUAACGUUUAUGGAUACGUCAGCAGCAGCAAGCAAGACUCUGAUGUAUUCAAUGAGCUACACAACAAUAGUCCCAUCGCCUCUGUUUUGGUUGUUAUUCUUUGAGCCGUUAAGUAUUGUUUUGGAAACACUACAAGCCAUUUUGUUUCAUGGAUUUCAACUGAUUGAUAUAUGGCUUCAUUACCCACCACGCAACACCACAAAUUCCAAAUUAUUAAAGGUUUUGGAUAUGGCAGCAGGUUUACUAUGGGAACAAAAGCGUAUUAUAUUACGGGAUGUGGGAUUUUUCCUAGACAUUAUGAGUUUGUUCAUGUCUCUUGGUCAUUAUAUGCAUAUAUGGUUUCUAGUUCUUGAUGACAUGACAUUUCCUCUUGUUGAUGCAAUGCUUACCCUACCUAUACAAGGCGUGUUAAGUGCAGCUGUGAUGCGUAUGCGGGAGUUUAUUAUCUCGUUAAGAAUGGGUGUGGAUGUGGGUGUGGGUGGGGGCGGUGAUGGUAGCGGGUCGACGACGGUGGUGGUGAUGACAGGCGAUGGUGGUGGCGGCGGCAAUUGUGUCAGUAGUGGUGGUGAUGGCGGCGGCAGCGGUGGUGGUGGUGGUGCUAGUGACGGGUUAGUAGUGGUGGUGGUAGGUCGGUGA